AUGGAAGUAGAACUAGACGAUGAUAUAGGAAACGAGGAGAGGAUGAGGAUUUUCCAAGAAGUUCGACUGGAAUCCAGAACCAAAAUGAUGCACUGCGUGGUAAAGAAUGUUAAAAGGGACGAGAAAUAUGCACGACUUGCUCAUAUUCCUGUACCUCCAACAUGUCACUCCCGAGCGCUGACUCCAGUGAACUGCACUGGACUUGAGACCAAUCCUAUGUGA